AUGGCGAAAAUAAAGUCAGUCGGGGGAGACGGGUGGGGAUUGGCGAACCGGGCGUUUCAGCGAGGAGUUGCGAAAGUAAAGUCAACGGCGGCGGCGGCGGCAGCGGCAGCGUUAAACCUGGACGGCCCUCCGCGGCGCCGGCCCGACGUGCACUCCGCGGCGGUCCAGGAAUUCUCGCAGUUCCUCAAAGACUCGCACCGGAGAUUAAUCUCCUCUGCUGGCCUCCCCGCGUCGCGAAUCGUGCACAGUUACCGCUACCUCAUGAACGCGUUCUCGGCACGUUUGACGGCGGCGGAAGCGGAGAGUUUAAAGAAGCAGGCGUGGGUGGAUCGGGUGGAGCGCAGCCAGAUGGUGCGCGCGGCGACUACGCACACGCCCGACUUUCUCAACCUGCCCAAAAAAGUCUGGCCGCAGCUGGGCGGGGAGAGCCACGCAGGGGAAAACGUGAUUAUAGGCCUGAUUGACUCGGGUAUCUGGCCGGAGCACCCGGCCUUUUCGGACAAGACCAGCACCCCGUAUGGCCCGCCGCCCAGCCGGUGGCGCGGGGGGUGCAACACGACGGCUGACUUUCCGCGGUGCUCACAGAAGAUCAUCGGCGCGCAGUGGUUCGUGGCGGGGCUGAAGGCGGAGGGCGGGCGCAUCGACCCGAGCAUCGAGUUCCUGUCGCCCCGUGACGCCAACAGCCACGGCAGCUGGUGCGCUGGAGCGGCAGCGGGCAACGCCGUGCGCGUCAAGUCGGGCGCGCAGCCGCUGGGCACGGCGCGCGGCAUGGCGCCGCGCGCGCGCUUGGCAAUAUACAAGGCGCUCUGGUUCGACGGGCAAGUGGCGAUGGGCAGCGAGGCUGACGUGUACAAGGCCGUGGAUCGCGCCGUGGCGGACGGCGUGGAUUUGCUCUCGAUGUCCGUCGCUUUCAGCGACGAGAAUUACUUCAAACACCUCCCGCUCAUGCGCGCCGCGCAGGCGGGCGUGCUGCCGGUGCUGGUGGCCGGCAAUCUCAAGGCUCCGCCGGACCGCGAGGACGGAGUGUACCGCACCAUUCGCAACGCGUCGCCUUACUAUCUCACUGUCGCCGCCAGUCAUGAAGUCCCCCGCCGUCCCCUCUUCCUUUCUUCCUUGCCCCUACUUCCAUUCUCCACUCGCCUAACCACUUCCCUCUCUCCCUCUCCUCCCUCUCGCCCACCUUUCCCUCCCCCACGCGCACCUCCUCCCUCCGCGCGCAGCACGACGGACAGAGCGUGGCCGCCGCAAGCCACGCUGAGGCUGCAGGACGGUGCCGCCACCACCGCCGCCGCCGCCAGGACCGCGGGGGGGCGGAGAACCGCUAGCGCGGACGGCGACGACGGGGGGGGAGUGAGCGCGGAGGGGGUGACAGUGGUGGGGGUGACGUACCACGCGGGGACAGCACACACCGUGAACCUCUCGCUCGUUGACGGCGCUGCUGCCGCCAACAGCAACGUGCCCCUCAUGCAGGCGCGCAUGUGUUUGCCCGGUGCGCUCUCCCGCGCGCGCGUGGCGGGGCGCAUGGUCCUGUGCGAGGCGGGGGGGACGACGCCCGAGGCCAAGGCGGGGGAGGUGCGGAGGGCGGGCGGGCGCGCGAUCGUGAUCGCGUCCGCGUCCGCCACGGCGGGUAGCGUGGGGGAGGGGUACGCGCUCGACCUACCCUCGCUCGUGGUCAACCGCUCCAUGUCGCAGGCGCUGAGAAGCUUCCUUAACAGCUCCAGCAGUCCCCGCGCCACGCUCUCCUCGCUCUCACUGCAGUCCAACCAGGUCGCGCCAGUGAUGGCGCCCUUCUCCUCCACGGGCCCCAUCGUCGACCCCAAUCUCCCAUCCGGCCACUCCCCCGAGGGCUUCACCAACGACAUCUUAAAGCCCGACAUCACCGGGCCGGGAGUCAACCUCCUCGGCCCCAUGGCCUCGGGAAAAAAAGGGGAGGCCGCGUACCAGCUGCUGUCAGGAACCUCAAUGGCUGUGCCUCAUCUGGUGGGGAUCGCGGCGCUGAUAAUGCAGAAGUACCCGAGUUGGAGCCCGGCGGCAGUUAAAUCCGCGAUUAUGACGACGAGUACGGUGUUUAACAAUCGAAACGAGCCGAUUCGGAUGUUGUCGGGGCACCGAGCGACGCCGUGGAAUUUCGGGUCGGGGCACGUGGUGGCGGUGAGGGCCAUGGACCCUGGGCUCGUGUACAACGUGGGCGCCAAGGGCUACAUGGCGUUCCUCUUUGGGAUUAAUUCCAACUUGGCGAGCAAAUACUUCCAACACGAGCUUCGGCAGCAGCAGCCGCAGAAGGGGGGCAUGAGGAACGCGAUUAAGGCGUAUGACCUCAACCUGCCGAAUAUAUGCGUGUCUAACCUGGCGAGGCAAGUCACGGUGGUCCGGCGCGUGACGAACGUGGCUCGGCAGGCGUCCAAGUACAGGGCAAGGGUGGUGGCGCCUAAGAAUGUCCGAGUGGUGGUGACGCCGGGAGCGUUUACGAUUGCGCCCGGUGCGUCGCAGGUGUUUUCGGUGACGUUCACGGUGGUGCAGGCCACACGGGCGUUCUCGUUUGGCAGCCUCACGUGGGUGGACGGCACGCACCGCGUGCGGUCUGUGCUGGCCGUGCAGCCCGUUCAGGCGUGA